GAGCACUUGCACUCUUCACUGUCUUCCUGCAAUUGUCUGAAGGCUGGAUUUUGUUUUUGUCUCCCUCCCAACAGCAGUUGUUACUUGCUCGCAGUGUUGCAGAGCAGCUUAUCUGCGUGCCCCAGAAGGGUGGGACUCACAAAGAUCACAGGCUUUUUACAAUGAGCCAAAGCCAGCCUGCUGACUACAAGGAAAUUUGCUGAGGGUUUCAGCCAUGCGGGCUUUGGCAAAGGCAGUGAUUGCACUGGUGGGACCCAGCUGAGUCCAGAGCAGCCACUUCCACUGCUGGGAACAAGUGAGCAUCCCUUCACCCUGGAAAACCGCUGCUUGUGUCGCAGUGCUGUGCAUCUCUGCUGUCCUGUGUUGCGACAGGCAGCAGCAGGAGGAUGCAGUGCUGUUCCUGGACACUUGGGUCGCAGGUACUCAGUGCCCACAGCCCCAGAGCUGGGAGUGAGCCUUGAUGUGACUUGGGACCGCUCGCUUAAAGCCUUUCACUCCGCACCUGCCCCCUCUGCACGUUCACUGUGCUUACCCACGUGUUUCAUCAAGUUACUGCAAAGCCUGUAGGAGUCCAAACUCAUUCUUUUCAAGGCUCAGAAUACACCCUUGUGUUCCCGAGGCAAAGGAAGGCAUCAAUUUGUCUAGUUUUUUUGCCUGGAGUCUCUGCGAUGGAUGAUGGAGCAGAGUCUCUGCUGACUGUGCAUCUCUUCACCCAUUUGGGACACUCAUUUCCUCUGCAGCAGACUCUGGAUCGGCUUUUGGACUGGCUCUGCCUGGACAUUCGCCUUUUCCUGGUGUCUGAGCGAACUCCUCCGCUGAAAUACUACGAGAGGUACCGCAAGAGGAGCUGCAGCUUUCCUGGAAUAUCCAUCCUCGUUUUCCUGCACGAGGACUUGGGAGAAGAACGGAUUUUCCAGGUCCACGAGCAAUUCCAGCGCCCUCCCUGGCGCUACCAGCGUGCCCAGUUUGCCAAUGGGCAGAGCCCUCCCUGUGCCCCGUGCCAGCAGGACUUCUACGGGCUGGACGAGCAGCUGCCCGUGUGGGGCGUCAGGCGGGCGCAACGCGGCCCCGAAAUCCUGCGGGUCACCCUCUACUGCAGCUUUGACAACUACGAGGACGCAGUCAGGCUCUACGAGCUGAUCCUCCAGAAGGAAGGCACUCUGCAGAAGAGCACUCUGUGUGUCUUCGUGCUGCACGCCACCCCAGACGUGGCCGUGCAGCUGUGCCUGAAGCAGCUGCCCCUGGGGGUGACGGCCGAGCCCCCCGACUCGGCAGCCCUGCAGUUCAGGGUGCAGGAAAUCGGGCAGCUGGUGCCCCUCCUGCCCAACCCCUGUGUUCCCAUCAGCAGCACCAGGUGGCAAACACAGGACUACGAAGGAAACACAAUUCUGCUCAAGGUUCAAAGCAGCUCCAGGACCCCUGAAACAAACAUCGGGCUUUCCCAGCAGCACCGUAAUACAGGCAGUGGACGAAUCCCGCAGGAGUGUGUGCCAGCCCCUCUCUCUGUAAAACAGGGUCACCCUGGGCGGGGAAGCCAUGAGCUCAGAGCUCUGAAGGGUAAAGCAAAGCCUGAGGCGAGUGCAGGCCUCGCCUGUGGGCGGGCGGGCAGUGCCGCCCCGAGGCCCGUGCGCUCCGCUCCCGGGGCAGCAGCGCGGCCGUGCCGGGCGCCGCUCCGCGGGCAGGCGGGCGGGAGCCUGCGGCCUCCUCUGCCGGAGACCAGCGCGGGCACCGGGCUGGCCCUGCCGAGCCCCGGCCCGCUCAGCCUGCUCCCCGGGGCCCUGCGGAGCAGCCUCCUGCCGCUGCCGGCCCCCGGGGCAGCGGCCGCGGCCGGGAGGGGCCGAGCAGCGCCCGGAGCCCCGCGCUGCCCCCCGCCCGCACCGGCCAGCCCGGCACGGCCCGCACGGGAGGAGGAGGAGGAGGAGGAAUUCUUCAUAUGACCGAAACCAUGCCUGCCUGACGGACUCCUCCUUGCCGAAGGACAGCGGACCGCUUUUGGAUGUGCUGUGACUGCUGCUGCUCAGGGUGUACCUCUGUGUGACUGCUGCCGCCCUGUCGCUGUCACACCCCACUGGGGGUCCCUGAGGCAGACACUGAAUUUCCACGGAGAGCUGCUAAGGAGGCUGCAGGAAAACUAAAGCUGUAUUUA